GUGAGGUCUGCGCUUGCGCAGGCACCUCCCUAGUCUUUUACUCUUUUACUAAGCUCCACUCUUGAGGACCCUUCAGCCCUUGCCCAGUAGUGGAAGCGUCAGAGAAGAGCAUGGCCCCUGUGCGGCAGGAAGCCAGCACCCGCAAGGAAUCAAUCACAUUCCAGGAUGUGGCUGUGGAAUUCACUCGGGAGGAGUGGCGAAGCUUAAAUCAAUCUCAGAAAGAGUUAUACAAGGACGUGAUGCUGGAAAACUAUCGGAACGUGGUUGCCCUGGGAUUCGCCGUCUCCAGUCCAGAUGUGAUCGACCAGUUGGAGCGAGGGGAAGCAGCUUGGACACUGAGGGGAGGCCCCCCAAAAAGCACCUCUCCAGGUGGUAAAAAAGUUACUCAUCACCAGAAAGUUUCAGAAAAACGUUAUCGCUGUAAUGACUGUGGAAUGACCUUCCUUGAGUACAAGCAACUUGUCCAGCAUCAGAAAAUCCGUCCUGGAAGAAAACUUUAUGAAUGUAAAGAGUGUGGGAAGUCCUUCCUGGAGAACUCCAAAUUUAUUGUGCAUCAGAGAAUUCAUACUGGGGAAAAGCCUUUUGGAUGCAAAAAAUGUGGGAAGACCUUCCGCCAGAACUCGCAGCUUAUUCGCCAUCAGAGAAUUCACACUGGAGAGAAGCCUUAUGAAUGUAUUAAAUGUGGGAAGGGCUUCCACCAGAGCUCAGACCUCAUUCGACAUCAUAAAAUUCAUAUUGGAGACAAGUGUUAUAAAUGUAAAGAAUGUGAGAAGGCUUUCCUGGAGAGCUCAGCACUUGUUCGACAUCAAAGAAUUCAUAAGAGAAAGAAAGCUUAUGAAUCCAGUGACUGUGAAAAGACCGUCCAUGAGUGCAAACAGUUUACUGAACCUCAGAGAGUCCAUACAGGAGAAAAACCUUCUGAAUGUACAGAAUCCAGUGGCAAGGAAUUCAGUCUAAAGAAACAACAGCAGAAAACGCGUACUGGAGAGAAGCCUUGUGAAGGGAACGAGUGUAGGAGUGCCUGUAAGAGCUCAGAAUUUCCUGUAUGUCAGAGAAUUCAGCGUACAGACAAGUCUUAUGAAUGCAAUAAAUGUGAAAAGGUCUUCCACCAGAUACCGGAUCUUAUUCACCAUCAAAAAAUUCACAUUGGAGAUAAGCCUUUUGAAUGUUGUGAAUGCGGGAAGGCCUUCCGCCUGAGGAAGCAGCUUGUUCAGCAUCACAUGACUCAUGCCGAAGAGAAACCUUACAAAUGUAACAGAUGUGAGAAGACCUUUGGCCGUAGCGCACAGCUUACUGUGCACCAGAGAAUUCACACUGGAGAGAGACCUUACGAAUGCAGCGAGUGUGGGAAGGCCUUCAACGAGAGCAAACAGCUUAUUGUCCAUCAGAGAAUUCACAGUGGAGAGAAGCCUUAUGAGUGUAACAAAUGUGAAAAGGCUUUCCGUCUGAAGACACAACUCACUAGACACCAGAGAAUUCACACAGGAGAAAAGCCUUAUGAGUGUAAAGAAUGUGAGAAGACUUUCCUGGAGAGCUCAGCACUUAUUCGACAUCAGAGAGUUCACACUGGAGAGAAACCUUAUGAAUGCAAAAAAUGUGGGAAGGCCUUUCGCCAGAGCUCACAUCUUACUCAGCAUCAGCGAACUCAUACAGGAGAAAAACCUUAUGAAUGUAAUGAGUGUGGGAAGGCCUUCAGUGUGAAGACACAACAUACUCAACAUCAGAAAGGUCACAUUAGAGAGAAAUCUUCUAAAUGAAAUCAAUCUAGAAGGUCUUUCCUUGAAGAGUUAACAACUUACUCUCAAUCAAAAAAUUUUUACAUGCAGAACAAUCAUUCAUGUGGAAAAACUUUCCAUCUGAGGACAUCAAGGCUUACUCUACCUGAGGGCGUUCGUACUAGAGAAAAACCCUGUGAAGGUGGGAAGUCCAGCCAAAGCACACAACUUUCUGGGCAUCAGAAAACUUAUAGUAGAAAGAAACAUUGUCAGUGUAAUAGUUAUGCUCCGAACUUCUGAGAAAGUGAAAAAUGAAGUGAAUAGCAGAGUAUUGGAAAGAAGACUUAUUAGUGUGUUGAGUAUAGGAAGGCUUUCCAAAAGAAUCUGUAAAAACUGAACGUUAGGGGAAAAUUUCUUCAAUGUAAUGAACAUAGAGGUCUUCAGCCAGAGUUUAAAAUGUAAUCCACGUGAGGAGAUUCCCAUUGGAAAGAAACAUUAUGAAGGUGUGAAGCCCUUCCUUCAGGGUCAACUUUCUUAACCUCAGAAAGGGGAGAAACAUUUUCAACAUAGUGAUGAGAAAGCAAAGAUCUUAAUAAGUAUCAGACAAGUUCACAGUGGAGAGAAAACUGAUCAAUGUCUUGAAUUUGGGAAGACCUUCAUCAGAGUUCAAAACAUAUUCAUCAGAAAAUUUACAGUGGAGAAGAAAAAAGUUAUUCUAGCAACUGUGGGAAACUUUCGACCACACCUCUAAUCUUAAACAACAUCAGGGAAUGUUGUGUUCAGAUGAGAAAAUUUAUGAGUAUAAUGAAUUUGGGAAGACCUUUCCCCAGAAAUCACAACUUUUCUUGAUCAAAAAACUCAUAAUGGAUAGAAUGAAUGGCUUCAUUGGGGAAAUGCUUUCCUCAGAAGCAAAAAUCUUAAUGUCAGAAACCUAGAAAGACUUUUAUAAAAUAUCAUAAAGGAGAUUAAAAACAACUAGGAAAUUGGCAGCUACGUGAUGCAGUGGAUAGAGCACAGGGCCUGGAGUCAGGAAGACCUGAGUUCAGACCUGGCCU